AUGCCGUCUCUCCUUGGGACAGAAGUCGGCCCUACGGGGUACGGCAUGAUGAGAAUGACAUGGUCCCCUCAACUUCCCUCUGAAGAGAAAUGCUUCGAAACACUAAACACGGCGCUCGCCCUGGGCGCGAACUUCUGGAACGGCGGCGAGCUCUACGGCACCCCGGAGUAUAACUCGCUGCAUCUGCUGAACAAGUACUUCACGAAGUACCCCGAGAACGCGGACAAGGUGGUGCUGAGUAUCAAGGGCGGUCUGAAGCCCGGCGAGCUUGUUCCGGAUGGUUCGGAGGAGAAUAUUCGCCGCAGCGUGGAUGAGUGUCUACGUGUGUUGGACGGGAAGAAGACGAUUGAUAUCUUCGAGUGUGCCCGACAGGAUCCUAACACAACGGUCGAGCAGACGGUGACUAUCCUGGCUCAGCUGGUCAAGGAGGGCAAGAUCAAGGGGAUUGGGCUGAGUGAGGUGAAUGCGGAGACAAUCCGGCGAGCACACAAAGUCCACCCAAUUGCCGCGGUAGAGGUUGAGCUCUCUCUCUGGGACACCCACACCCUGAACGACGGCGUGGCCGAGACCUGUGCGGAACUGGGGAUUCCACUCGUCGCAUACUCGCCUCUGGGUCGCGGAGUGCUGGCCGGUGCUUUCACUAGCCUAUCUGAGAUCCCCGAGGGCGACUUCCGAAGGUUGCUGCCCAAGUACCAGGAGGACGCAAUGAAGCACAACAUCAAGCUUGUCAACGAGGUCAAGGGCCUGGCCUCUCGCAAGGGCGCCGCACCCGCCCAGAUCGCUUUGGCCUGGAUACUGACCCUGAGCGGCAAGCCAGGUAUGCCUACCAUCAUUCCGAUCCCUGGGGGUACAACGAGCGACAAGGUUAGGCAGAAUUCGCACGGUGUUCCCCGUCUAUCUGACGCCGAAAUGGCUGAGCUUGACAGAAUCCUCCAAGAGAAUGAAGUGCGUGGUGCUCGGUACUAG